CUUGUCGCGAUGGAUCAAAUGGCCCAUCAACAGCAAGAGGAAUGGACAGAAGAUGCCGAGGAAGUACUAAUAAACCUUUGGAGGAAUGAGCCCUGCCUCUACGAUGUUAAUGCAAAAAUUUACAGCAAUAAGCAUAUGAGACAAAAAAAGAUUGAGGAAUUUAGCGUUAUCGUGGGGAAAAGUGAUGCUGAGGUGAAGAGGCAUUUAAAUUCUCUUAGAACGCAGUUCAUGAGGUACCGAAAAGCACUUCCAAGCGGAAGCGCUGCUAAAAAACGACCAGCCAGAGACAGCAGUGGGUGCUGGAACAAUGCUCAUGGCUUAUGCCAUAUAUGAAACGGAGGACCUCGCAGUCUACAUUAGAUGUAAGUAUGACUUCAUUACCAGUUUGAAAAUUCUUUUUUCACCUUUUACAUGUUGUCUUUAAAUAAAAAGACAGUAACCCAAUGUGGGACUUCUAGCUUAAAUGACAUUUAAAAAAAAAAGUAAGACCUACAUUUUUUUUAAAGUAAUACCCUUGUCUGUUACUGUCGCUCGCAAGCACGGUACAUGCCUGAUAAAUGUAGAUUGCUAUACCAUAUCAUUCUGCCACUCUACAGAACCAUGUUCAGAUGAAAAAUAUUGUGUCAAUAUUUCUCGUUGACGUUUGGCUGCUGCUGUACUGUUAGGGUGUCUUGGAAGUUGUACAGGUUCCAUUGACUGUUGGCCCCUCCACUGACCUUCAACAACUAAAUGUGUGGAAGCGUUUUCUGUAUCCACAAAACCAGGUGGAUUGUAUUCUGUAUUGCAUCUUAGCAUAUUGUGCAAUGCUGCACAUGCAAACACUAAAGGCUCCACAUUUUCUGGUCUAAUUCUGAUUGUUGUUC